AGGUAGGUAAUCAAUGAGGGGCAAAAAAGCUCAGGUCUUCUCUCAUCCUUAUCUGUUAUCGGCCAAUCGCCAUCAUGAAGUAAAAAUUUUGGAACUUUCCAAAGUCAAAAAUUUAUUUCAACAUUCAACAUUCAACAUUUAACAUUCAACAUUAAGCUUCCCCCCUUCCCCCUUCCUUCCCCUCUAAAUUUUCAAAUCGCAAUUUGGUUCUGUUAUUCAUUCCCUUUCACCAUCACAUUUAACUCAAAAUGAUGUCCCUCAGAACCGUUGCGCGCUCCGCGCCUCGCACCUUUACCCGUCUCAGUUCUACAGCCCUCAGAUCGUCAAGAGUAGCUCAACCGAGCUCUCUUCUCAAGUCCUCAUGGGCGCCUCUCAGAUCUUCUCAGUUCACAUCGGCAUUCUCCACAUCGCAAUUCAGACAAGCACCCGAGGCUGAGGUGGACGAGGCACUGAUAGCUAAGCUUGAGAACGAGCUUGAGUUCGAAAACGAGAUGAAGGCUACUGAACAAACACCGGCGAGUGUCCUGGAUUUCCUUGCGAAUAGCCCUUUCAAGCUGAAGGAUGAGCCCGGAAAGGAGGAUGUCUCCCUGGUCCGCAAGUUCGGAAACGAAACUAUCACUGUCACCUUCUCCAUCUCCGAUCUUGCCAACUUUGAACCCGAUGACAUGUUCAACGAGGAUGAAGUGCUCGGCGACGACGUUGACCCGACCGAGGGCAAACGUUCAGAGCAAUCCGAGGGCGAGGAAGGCCUCGACGAAGAGCUCGAGGGUGGUGACGCCCCCGUGCCCUGUCGACUAAAUAUCGUGGUAGAGAAGCCUGACAAGGGUGCGCUCAACAUCGAGGCGGUGGCGCAGGACGGCCAGAUCAUCGUCGAGAACUUCUACUACUUCAAGGACGGGAGAAUGGCGCACGGCAAGACCGCCGACGUCGCUCACGCCGCCCAGGACAUCUACCCUGGCCCGCCCUUCGGCAGCCUCGACGAGGAUCUCCAGGUUCUCAUGGAGCGCUACCUCGAGGAGCGCGGCGUCACCCAGGCUCUCGCCGUCUUCGUCCCCGACUACAUGGACAUCAAGGAGCAGCGCGAGUACCAGGCCUGGCUCAAGGACGUCAAGGACUUCGUUGAGGCUUAGACCAGUUCAGCAGGGACAAGGGGCCCAUCAGGUUACGUACCUACGAUAUAAUGGAAGAGAGGCUGAUGGACGGAUGAUGAGUGCAGCGGAUGAACGAAAAAAAUCAAAUCAAAGAGGAAACCGCUUCUGAUGUAUUAUGACAAAACAAAACCAACUCCACAUGUAUAAUAAGAAAUGAAGGCUUUUCAUGGAUAUCCCAUAGGGGGAGAUCCUAUCUUAGGAAUGACUACGAAAAAAACUUGGCUGUAUCCCUACCUUUUCUAGACUAUUACCUUUGCGUACCUUCUGAUAAUUUAGUCUCUUCUAAUCGAAGUACAUCUAGACUG